AUGGCUAUAAGAAAUGGUUUUGACAAUGAAUUCAAUACGUGUUACGUGACCUUCCCGAGGAAAUGCUCAACAACUCUCGUCGACUACUUGCGUGCCCUGACCUCUGAUUGUGCCGACCCCAAGAUAACGAUCGCCCUCGAUUCGCUGCAUAUAAGGAAACGGAAUCGUCAGUUCAACCACUCUUUCUUCGACUCUACUCUCCACUCUCGUGCUCUUGCUCUCUCGGACAACCUUUCCACUGCCGGAGCUCUACCAAUCGGGAUAUCAACCGCGUCUCCGACAACUACUCCACCUAUGCUCCGGCUCCCGAAGAACUCGAGACACCUAAAGUAUCCUCCUGACCCUUUAACACUAUUGAAUAAAUCCGUCACACCUCUCCUCUAUUGUUAUUCUCGCAUUCUAAGUCUGACGGGGUUCACCUUCCCUCUAACGUCAGCACAUGGUGCAUCGACCUGUGGACACAACCCAUAG